UAUCUUUGUUCAAUGGUCAUUAUGUGACGGAACCGUUUUUUUUUUGCUUUUGUUGUGAAAUCAGAAAUUCCGGCGAUGGGUUUAUAAAUUCUAGAUGUUUUAUUGUGAUUUUCGUUGACUGUGAUACAUUUAUUAAAAUUAGUUUUAAAAAUGACUACCGAAGAAAAAUUUAAUGCAGCAGUGAAUGUUAUUAGAAGUUUGCCUAAAAAUGGAUCAUAUCAACCCAGCAAUGAACUAAUGCUACGGUUUUACGCCUACUUUAAACAAGCAACUUUAGGUCCAUGUACAGGCUCCAGACCAGCUUUCUGGGAUGUAAUAGGUCGAGCCAAAUAUGACGCCUGGAAAAAAUUGGGUGAUAUGUCUAGUGCAGAAGCAAUGGCCAAAUAUGUAGAUGAACUUCAUGCAAUUGUUGAGACAAUGAGUUACUCCGACAAGGUUGCAAACUUUUUAGAAGCUCCUACAAAUGAAUUGGAUUCAAUUAAUUUUGAUGACUUAGAAUUGGUUGCUGGAGAUGUAUUGGAACGAGUGAGAUCACAACCUAAUUCACCACUAGCAUCAAGGGAAGGAUCACCAAUCAGAUUUAUAUCAAGUAUAGCAUCUUCACGGUCAGCAUCACCUGCUCUUGUACAGGAAUCGGAUCACAGUGAUGAAGAAUACAUUGACACUAUAGAGAACCCUGAACCUAGGAGAUAUGGUAGCAAUGAGCCUUUGGUUUCAUCAGAAAUUAGCAUACCCAAUGGAACGGUACAGCAUAUUUCAAGAUCACGAACCAGAUCGCAAAAUAGCAUGACAGAUAUAUCCCAGGAAGUGUCAAAGACGAUUCAGAAUCUUAAGUCCGAUAUAGAAAAGCUCAAGAAUCAAAUACAUAAUGUAGAACAAAUCAGUAGAUUUGAAUUGACAAGGUGGCGGCUUUUUGGAGGUUUAUCGCCUCAUAUUGUUAUUUUUAUGGUUGUUUGGCCUUUUAUCGCGAAUUUAUUAGUAAAUAGGUGGGUGAUAAGAAAGAAAUAGAUUAUGGGGUAUGUGACAUCUGUGAAUUCUUGAUAAUUUUUGUUAAUGUACUUGUAAGAGGUGAAUGAUGGUAGAAAGUCCUUUAGAAAUCUAGUACCUAUUUGUGAUUGUUAAACUAUUGCGACUAUUCCAGACAAAAAAGUUUUAAGUAAAAA